AUGCCAAGUCUUAAUUCUUAUGUUUGCAGCCCAGCCCCUGAACUAGAAUCUAAUAAAGAUAACUCCAAAAGUAGCCAGAUCUUACCGGUUGAUUGCCACUUCGUGGUGCUUGCCGGAGAGGAAGCACAAAACUCUUCCCCUAGUAAAAGUAAAACAACCCAUUGAUCUUUUGAAUUUUCAGGAAGAUGA